UUGAAGUCGUCAGGCACGUAACAUAUCAGUGCUGGAGCAGAGCAUCAUGGGAUAUGUAGUUCUACAUUGCGCACUUGCCGUUCAUACUGUAUUAUGGGAAACAAACCAAAGACUACAAAUCCCUGAUUGCCCCCUACGACAUAUUCAACAACACUCCCCGGCUGAAACACAAAACUUCCUUUGAGUUGCCGCUGCUGUUGCGAUUUCUGAACAAAACUUUGAAUUGCAAAGUUUGAAUUAUUUCAAGAGGAGGAUGUCUGAACUGAGCGACGAGGCCAGCAGUGAGUCGGAUCAGUUAGGCGCGAGUCUGUCCGUGUGGCUGGCGGACGGUGGAGAUGCUCUGAUCGGCCCGGAGGAGCUGAACGUGCCGCUGGAUCUUCACACCGCCUGCUCUAUCGGACAGUAUGAUGUGGUGGCCGAAUGCAUCCGCAGGGGAGACGUGGAUUUGGAUGGGAAGAACAUUGGUGGUUGGACACCUCUGAUGUACGCUGCGUAUAUCGGUCACGAUAGCAUCGCUAACCUGCUGCUGGAGACGGGCGUCAGCGUCAACACCACCACGUCUAAAGGACUCACACCCCUGAUGCUCGCCGCCAGCUGUGGUAACGAGAGCAUCGCCUACUUCCUUCUGCAGCAAGGAGCGCAGCUCGAAUGUAAGGAUGUGCGUGGAUGGACGGCUUUGUUGCAUAGCACAGCUACUGGACAUCAGCAGAUGGUCAAAUUCUUAUUAGAGAAUCACGCCAAUGCAAAUGUCAAAGAGCCGCUGUCAGGAUUUACGCCGCUCAUGGAAGCUGCAGCGUCUGGCCAUGAAAUCAUCGUUCAGUACCUCCUCAACCAUGGUGUACGAACGGAGGAGAGGAACAUUAAGGGAGAAACGGCGAGAGCUCUGGCUAUGUUGUAUGGACACACCAAAAUCGCCAGCCUCAUCGACAUGCACGUUAUGAGAGCCAAAUCAUCUCUGUAUGAGGAGUUGAGCUCCUCUGAAGAAGAAAGUUCGAGCCCUAGAGUCCGUUCAGCUCGCACUAGAACCAGAGGACCCAGCAUUCACGAUGGCCCUCAAGCUAUCGCUCGCUUCAGAGUUGGCUCCAAACAAGAGGUUCCCGCGGCUCCACCCGGAUACAUGACCUUCCAGGGCGUUGGCGAUCAGAGCGAGGGAAUCUGCAAUCGUGACGUCACUUCCCCCAUCAAUGAGCUCGACGGCCAGAGCAAUAGCAGUAGAGAUGAGCUGUUCUUCGAUAAUGACAUGCCCACCAUGAGGAGCAGCAGCAGCAGCAGUGAAGGUUUGUCUCAUCUCCUCGGACUCAGCAGGGAGGCGUCGCUGGAAAGCAAUGAGGAUUCGGAUCAAGCAAAGAGGAGUUGUCCACGUCGAUCCAACAAGCUCCAGCAUUCCAAAGGCAGGAGUCCUUAUAACAGCACAGGUUACCGUGAGGCGCCGUCUUCCUCUGGACCUCCUCCUUCAUACACUGGACCCAAGGAUCUGGCAGAGUUUCUGGAGCAGAUCGGGUUCAGUAAGUACCUCCCCCUGCUGGAGGAGCAAGACAUUGACCUGAGAAUCUUCCUCACACUUACUGAGAACGACCUCAAGGAAGUUGGCAUCACUUUAUUUGGUCCUAAGAGGAAGAUGACAUCAGCAAUAGCCCGUUGGCAUAGUAACACCCGGCCACCCAGUGAUGCGUUAGAGCAGGCGUACGCCGACCAACUGGAGGCUGAGAUGCAGGAAAUGGCCAUUCAGCUUCAUAAGCGUUGUGUGGAGGUGGAGUCUCUACAGGCUCAGGUGUCUCAGGAGAAGGAGCUGCGUGCCGUGAUGGAGGGAUGUUUGAUGGAGGAGAAGAUGGCGUGGAAGAGCGUUCAGGCAGAGCUGCAGGAGAACACCAAACGCGUUCAGGCACUGAGUGGAAAACUACACGCUCUUCGCAACACACACACGCAGCUCGCGCAGGAAGACGGUCGAGCGGCGGGGAAAGGCGACGGGUUCACAUGCUCUCAGCUGCUGUCUAACAUGGACUCUCAUAUGGCGGAGCUCGCUGACAGUCUGAAGGAAGUCCUUCACAGUCUCCAGCAUCUGAGCGCUUCAGAGAAAAGCUCGCACAACUGGGAAGAAUCCUAGUGGCUGUCAAUGGGACACUCGCUUUUACUGACGGAGGGUGAAAGAUCACCCUGAACACACAAACGGCCGCAGGGACGGGCCAGAGAGGAGAUCUCGUGUCGGUCCAGUAUGACAUGAGUUCAGAUGGAGAUGACGGGCCGAACGAGGAGCAAAGUUGAUGGCAGGGUGGCCAAACAUGACAAGCAGGUGAAGAGAAUCUGUCACCUGUGCUCAAGUCACAUGGUACAUGACUGCAUCAUGAGAACUGACCAAUCGCAGACAGAGCUGUGUCGGACAGGGCGGAGCCGGAGAAAUUGAACUGCCCGUCAGGAAUUCAGUGUGAAUAACACAGAAAUACAUGUGUGGACACUGCAAGCACAGCUACUCUUUAUUGCUGUACAACCAAUCAAACCUCUGAUUAGAUUUGUUUUAUGUCUAUUUAAAGACUUAUAAGUCUUUUUUUUAAAAAUCAAACCUCAGAUAUCUGUACUCUUAUUGUCUUAAAUCCUAUGUAUGCUCUAAAUCCACUUAUCGGGCCUUGUUUGCCAAAACCUGCCAUAUUCAGUUCAAAUACAAAAAUGUACAUAGAAAUUCAUUCUGCUGGUGUUUCAUGAAUAAGGCCAUUUGUGACCUGAGCUGCACAUCCAGGUUUAUGGUCUUAUUGUUGGAGCUACUGUCAGUUUUAUAUUAUAAAAGUCAUAAAAUGUGUAAAAAUAUCAAUUUUAUAUUAUCUUUUUUUAAUGUAAAUCAGCUUGUCAACAUUUCUCAAUUAUGAAAACAAAGUCUGUUGUGUAAUUAUGUCACAUAAAUGUACAUAAAUCGAGUCUUUUAAAGUCUGGAAAUAAAGCAUUUAAAUCUGUAA